CCACUCCAACAUCACAGCCAGUUUCAGACUACCACAGAGGCAUUUGGAAAUCCUGCUGCUAACGGAUUUGUGUGAAUCAAAGUAUUGAUGUUCCAUUUUUUCACACGGUGAGCAAGAGCCCUUCAGGUGGAAUCCUCCUAGCAAUUAUGUUGCUGCUGCUGCUGCUGCAGGUCUUGGCCAGCUGCCUCUGGCUGGGACAUGGCGAGGUGGUGACAUCCUUGCAAAAUACAUGUCCUCAGUUUUUCUUCAAUGGGAUACCCCCAAAUGCAAACAUGGCACCUCAAACCCCAGCCUGGAUCUGCCAGUGUUAUGAGAACCAAUAUCACUAUGCCACCCUGUACGACACGAGUCUGCGUAUUCCUGUAUACUCUGCUUAUAUCUACCAGCCUGGACGUGUACACAGAAAUGACUCAUGGCUGGUCGAGCCCCAGCUGGUGAAUCCAUCUUUUCCUGGAGAUAUGAAUUCAGAGAAGUACGUCAUACGUAAACUAGGUGCCAGCUCUUUCAGUCUCAGGAAUAGCCAGGCUGUCAAUAAAGAUUAUGAGAACGCACCAGGAUAUCACCGUGGCCAUUUGAACCCCUGCAGCAAUAACAACAACACCAUCAGUGUAGCAGCAACCUUCACUCUUACCAAUGCAGUACCCCAGAAUCAGUCACUCAACACAGGUAAGUGGAGAAGAUAUGAGGUGCACACAAUGAGAAAUAUGACCAAGAACUGUGACAUCACCUAUGUCGUUGCGGGUGCUGUGCCUGGGAACAACUACCUUGCCAACGGAAGGGUUAAUAUACCCAGUUACAUCUGGUCGAGUGCCUGCUGUAAGCUGAAAAACAACAACAUGAAGGCCUGGGGGGUCAUUGCUGAGAACAACAAGAAUGAAGUCAAGGAACUGACACUGGGGGAGCUGGAGGGGAAUUUGACGCAUCUGUAUAGGAGGGGCUCAGUUUCUCUGUUCCACAGUGCAUGUCCUCGGAACUAAGCCCCAUUUCACAUCCCAGGUGUAAAAGGCCCAGGAGCCAUCACCACUAGCAGCUUCACCUUUGCAGCAUCUGUCCUGCUUCCUUCUUUAGUGCUUUUCCAGCUCUGUCUCUCUGAGCACCUUCUCCCCUGAAGAGAGGGAGAAAGAGGUCAGCAGAGCCUCCAGCUGGUUUGCUUUGCUGCCUGUCCUUGGAGAGAGCUCUCAGGGAGGAGUCCUUGCCAUGGCCACUUUGGAGGAGCAGUUUGGGUAACAGCCCAUGGGCAAGGAAAUCAGAGCUUGGCACUGAGACAAGAGGGGCUUUUCCUUUUCCCCCUUUUUCCUCCAUGCCCAUAUACAGAUUGGAGUUCCUUGCUGUCCUGGUUAGAUAUCAUUGAAAAUGGUCUGCUGACUUGUCCUCACCUGUUCAGAAAGGCUGUGGGUCUAGGGUGGGAAAAUGGGCCAGAAUCAUCCUAAAUCGGUGUGCUUCUCUUGUAUCAGUUUUGGAAUAGGGAAGCAGGCUAAGUUAGUGCUCUUAUUUCCUCCUGAAAAUGAGCAGGGGCCGAGGAUGAACCAGUGGCUUCUCUAAGCCAAGAUCCAGUCCAGAGGCUGGAAGCUUCUUACACGCUGGCGGUUCAGAAAUUUUGUGACCCCAGUAAAUCUCGUGACUGCUGGGAUAGGGUAGAGGUUCCUGUAGCCAGAUGGUUUUUCAAACAACAGGCAGAGGCAAAGAUGGACAGCCAGAGUUGUGCCAGCAUGGCUGAAAAGGAGUCCAUAUCUGUAGCAAGGGUUGGUUAUACUUCCUCCCCCACCCCUGCUCAUUUGUAGCACCAGUAGCCUGCUAGGAACCAUCCAGCACACACGAUAUGAGCAAGUCACCCUUUGUCAAAAAUUUUAUGCUCUUUAGCCUUUGGAAUCAUCUGUUGUUGAGGAAGAGAAUCUCAAUUAUUUCCGGACAGGUCAACAUGUCCAGGCCUCUCUCCUCCCCAGGCAGAGACUCCUCCUUGGUACGAAGUUGCUCCCUCCUCUGCUUUGUGAAUGAUACCCUGGGGAAUUGUUACUGUAAUUUAACUAAUUAUUUAGCCAGCUCUGAGACAUUUAGUGCCGAUGCAGUGAGUAUAUUUGCCAACAGCAGUUCCAAGCAUGUUAUAUCUGUGGCCUUAAUAAAAUACCUAGCUUUGCAACUUUGCAAAA